AUGGCUCUCGUCCACGCCGUAAUGCUUGUUGCAUGCGGUACCGGUAUUGCCGCAUUCAUUCUUCGAGUACUUGUCCUUUAUCUUGUGCAUCGUCGCAGACAUCAAGAAGAUCAGUCUGAAGAGAUAUUGAGGCUCGAAUUUCCCCGGCUAUUCAAGGCUCUUCUGUCCAGCUUGGUCCUUUCUGAGCUUGGUCUGCUUGUCACAUUCGGUAACUUCAGCUUGUUGGGGGUGGAAGUUCUGACAGAAGGUCUUCUUGGCUCUCUCAUCCUCUGCAGCAUGAUCGACCAGUGUGUCUGGCUGGGAGGAAACUGGCUUAUUGGGAGGAUGGCAUUCCACCCAAUUGGGUUAUUCAUCAUCUUUGCACCGUGUUUUGGGGUCCUCCUUAGAGGUCUAAUCUCUCAGCUUGAGCCCUCCGGGCCAGGAAGUCUCUCAAUCUGGAUCCCGUCAAUCCUUUUCCGCGCUGGCAUGGUGUUACAGUGGGCGACGUUUCUCUGGGAGCGCAGGAAACAAUCGACUCCUAAGCUGAGAGGUAACGUAAUGAUUCAGCUUGUGGCCACGGCUGCUCUCGUUGCCAUAUGCGGAGCGCUCGAGACCCGGAGCGGACGCUGGGAGAUGAGCCAGUCCCCGCAACUUGUUACGCUUUCGUUCAUAUGGCUCAUAUAUAGUCUGCAUGACAUUUGCGUGGGGAUUGGCUCGCUAUACUCUAUGUUGAAAGUCAAGUGGCUUUAUCGAACACGGUUGACGGGCCCAGGUGAGGAGCUCAGGUCUAUGAAUGGGCAGCAGGUGGGAUCCUGA